ACAUCUCAGAAGAUCGAGAGCUACUUCACACCACGGACAGCCUCUCAAUUUCCGGCGCCCCAAGCUACAUGAAAACACCCAAGACAUAACUUCAACAUGUCGUUUGGCGGAUUGAAAACUCUGCUCGACCAGAAGCACAACCCUCCAGCUCCGGCGACGGAAUCCUUCGCUGGAAGGGUGGUGCUUGUAACAGGCGCUACAGGUGGUUUGGGGAUGGAGGCGGCGAAGAAGAUAGCAUUGCUUGGUCCAGACAUGCUCAUCAUCACGGCACGGAAUGACGCCAAGGGUCAAACGGCGAAGCGAGCAAUCGAAGCAUCUGUCAAGUCCGCACCCAACAGAGACACCAGCAAGCGCACCGAGAUCGUCCCGAUAGUCCUCGACAUGAGCUCAUUUGCAGGAGUACAACGGUUUGUCGACACAUUGCAAGCUCAAUUCUCAAGCAUCGAUGCCGCCCUUCUCAAUGCAGGGACAUUGCCAUCCAAGUACGUGCAGAGCCAGGAUGGAUGGGAGGAAGCACUUCAAGUCAACGCCUUCAGCAGUUUCCUUCUGGGCGUCCUAUUGCUACCACUCCUUAAAGCAGCAGCAGACGCUGGCACAUCUUACAAACCGCACCUGACCUUCGUCUCUUCCGGCACGGCAUGGCUCAUCAAACCGGAAAAGCUAGGGCAGCUCAUCAACAGCGAAACGCCCCUGGAGGACCUGAACGGUCCGAAGAACUUUCCCUCGACGCUCGCUGGUGCACAAGCCCAGUACGCAAGGUCGAAACUGGUGCUCGAGUACGCCGUUCGGCAUCUGGUAACCACACCAGCGCUGAAAGAUGACAAGGGGAAUGUCAAGGUCGUUGUCAACACAACGUGCCCUGGGAUGUGCAAAAGUGACUUGGGACGCCAGGUGACGACCAAUGUAUUCGUCAAGUUGUUGAGCUGGAUUCUCUACGCCUUUUUCGCUCGUUCUGCCUCAGAUGGGGUCAACGCGUUCACUAUGGCACUUACACUGGGAGACAACAGCCAUGGGGAGAUGUGGAAGAACGAUCGAAUAUUCGAGACUGGGCCCAUGAACACUACCGAGGAAGUACGGAAAUUUGGUGACAGGAUCUGGAAUGAAUUUCGACAGGUCAUUCUCAAAGCGGAUGCCAAAACGAAGCCUUUCUUGAGCUGAAUAUCUUAAACCCAUGUCGAAGCAUGCGAUGUGAGUACUGCUUUGUGAUUGUAGCAACAGAAACUCGCAUAUUAGGGGUCAAGUUUCUGCGUUAUAUAGAGCUGUAGUGCUCACCAAGGGGACGCCUGAACCCGAAUAUCAACAUGCACAUUCGAUCAAGUAUGCAAUCCGUCCACCCGCAGUAUAUGUGGAUGACAGAGAGACAGAGAAUUGGCCCAGUC